UUAUCAGGUCUUGGAAUUUUGGACAACUGUUUAAAAUCUUAACUCCAUGGUCAUGAGAUUCUCUUUACAGCCUAAAUAGGAGGAUAGAGAGCAGUGGCGUUAACAGUAGGUAUCCUGCUUGGUCACUUCGCCAUUAACAAGGGCACGUCUGAACCAGAGUGGGUCCAAGAUGCAUCCCAGGAUGUGGACGAAGGAAUUAUUACAAAACUACUUGAGGAACUGGACAACAUUCAAAUUCAAGAGAACCUCAGGGAACUGACCAAGGUUCCCCACAUGGCCACAACCCCUGGAGAUGAGGCAACAGUGGAGUUUAUGUUGAAGAGAUGGCGGGACCCAAAAACAGGCUUGGACAAUGCAUGGAGAGAAGACUACAAUGUGUAUCUGUCAUUCCCAAACAAAGCUAACCCUAACAAAGUCACUGUUGUUGAUCCCAGUGACAAGGUUCUGUUCACGGUAAGAGAGAGAGAGAAAGCGUACUACCCAGAGCAGGACGACCCAGAGGUGGUACAGCCUUACGCGGCAUAUUCUCCAGCAGGACACGCCAAGGGAAAGCUUGUGUAUGCAAACCAAGGUAAAAUGAGUGACUACGCGCUGUUAAACGCAACAGUGGAUCUGAGAGGAACCAUUGCCAUAACCAGAUAUGGAGGAGAAGGAAGAUCUGGGAAAGCUAUCAAUGCAGAGAAGUUUGGAGUUGUCGGGGUGCUGGUCUAUACAGAUCCAAAUGACAUAAAUGAUGGCAUCUCUGAUGAAAGUAAAACUUACCCUAACUCCUGGUAUCUUCCACCCUCCGGUGUGGAGCGAGGCUCAUACAACAUUGACUUUGGGGACUUGUUGACACCUUAUUUAGCUGCGAAGGAGGACACCUACAGAAUUCCGAAGGAAAAAAUAAGAGGCAUCCCACCAAUUCCGACACAACCAAUAGGGUUUGAGGAUGCCUAUGCAUUAAUCUGUGAGCUUGACGGGUCCGAUGCCCCUGCUGCAUGGCAAGGAGGAUUCAACUGCACAUACAAGUUUGGUGGACCAGGGUUCCAAUCCACAUCUGCCUUUAACAGCAGCGAUGUUCAGUUGAACAUUUACAACAGUGAGGAGAUAAAACCUUCAGCGAAUGUUAUGGGAAUAAUUCGAGGCAGUGUGGAGCCAGACAGAUAUGUGAUUUAUGGGAACCACAGAGAUAGCUGGGUACAUGGAGCCAUUGACCCCAGCAGUGGGACAGCAGUGAUGCUAGAGAUCACCAGAGUGCUUGGGACAAUGGUGAAGGAAGGGAAAUGGAGACCUCGGCGGUCCAUCAUCUUUGGCAGCUGGGGAGCUGAAGAGUUUGGCCUUAUUGGAUCGGCAGAAUACACAGAGGAAUACUUCAGUAAGCUGAGUGAACGCACCGUGGCCUACAUCAACGUGGAUAUCUCAGUGUUCGCUAAUGCCACUCUGAGGGCCUCUGGAUCCCCAUCAACACAGGGUGUGCUGUUUACAGCAUCCAAACAGGUACGGGCACCUGGAACCACUGCAUCAGUCUAUGACAACUGGAUAAAAUAUUACAACCGGUCCAGCCCCAAUUACGGCCUUAUACCAAAUGUGGGGUUCUUGACAGGAGCAGGAAGUGAUUAUGCUCCUUUUAUUCACUACCUAGGAAUAACUUCAAUGGACAUUUCCUAUUACUACGACCGGAGCCAGACAAAAGCGCGCAUCUACCCUGCCUAUCACACGGCUUAUGACACCUUUGAUUACUCAUCUAAAUACAUUGAUCCAGGCUUUACGAGUCACCAGGCGGUAGCCAGGACAGCAGGGAACGUGCUGGUGAGAUUGGCUGACAGUCUUCUGUUGCCUUUAAACUGCAGUGACUAUGGGGAAAGUCUGGAGCAGUAUCUCGAUGAGGCUGUGAAAGCCUUUGAAGCCAAACUCACAAAUAAUGGAAUCUCUAUUGCAUCCUUAAAGAAUGCUGUGCAGCUAUUCCGCAAAUCAGCCACAAAACUGGACGCUGUGAUCAGGGACUCAAACCUUAAAAAGGAAACGCCUCUGAAGGCACGCAGAAUUAAUGAUCAGCUCAUGCUGUUGGACAGGGCCUUCCUCGACCCGUUAGCGUUCCCAGAAAAAUACGCUUUCAGGCAUGUCAUAUGGGCCUCGAAGUCAUCAGAGGUGCCCACCUUCCCGGGGCUAGCAGAUGCAGUGGAGAAGGCUGAGAGAACGGGACUGAAAGCGGAUUGGGAACAGGCUCAUAAACACUUAUCUAUUGUCACACAGGCCAUCGCGGGAGCUGCACAUACGCUGGAUGAUGUCAUUUAAGAUUUAGGCAGGGCACUUGCAACAUCCACAAUUUAAAGGGAUGAAUAUUCUGUCAUCAUUUACUCACCCUCUUGUCAUAUUAAACCUGUAUGUCUUAAUAUCUUCUGCAGAACACAAAAGAAGAUAUUUUGAAGAAUGUCGACAACCGAACAACAGUGGUAAACAGUCACUACUAUUGGCAAGUCAAUGGGUACCACCAUCCAAAAUAUCUUCUUUUGUGUUUUGCAUUAGAAAGAAAGCCAUACAGAUUUUGGGGUGAACUAUCCCUUUAAAAAUGGGCAGAAUUAAAGUAUGGAUGACAAAAACUAUGCUACAUUUGGACUAUUACCAGCACACUAUUUCUACAACAAAUACUCAUAGUAAAAAAAUUGAAUACAUUACAUACAGUAGCAUUGUCUAAAAUGUAGAUUGGAUGGAUUUGGGGUACAAAAGAAAACAUUUAGCACACAAGACACACUCUUUUCAGGCAUGGUUUAUUGAAAACACACCAAAGUGAUACUCUACAAACCUGUAUUAUUCUUUAACAAGAGCAUUUCUCUCUUCUGGGUAUUAGUAAAAUUAACAAUACAUUCUGUCACUGUGGCAUUUUUCUUCACGCUAGGAAAGCAUUAACAACUAUAUAAUCAAACCCUUUUAAUUGUCUCAAUCUUUUGAAAGUUUAUAAUACAAUAAUACAAGGCAAAACCCACCAGUCUAGACUACAUUGAGAACACAGAGUGAGUUAAAGUGGAGGAGACGGGGUAAAUCUGUGUUUGUGUGUGUGUUUUUAUGCAAAGAGAAAAAGUGGAGGAGAUAGAUAAGAAUAAGAGAGAGAGAACCGUUAGGAACCAAUAAAACAUAUAAAACACA